CCCCGUAACACUAUAAAAGGGAGAGGCUAGGGUAGGGUUUUCGCAAAGUUGAAUACGCAGCCGCUCCAUCUUUCUUUCCCAGCCCAGAGCCGCAAGGAGGGAAGCUUUCACUUUGCUCAAGAUGGGGAAGACUCGUGGAAUGGGAGCUGGGCGCAAGCUCAAAACUCACAGGAGGCGUCAGAGGUGGGCAGACAAAUCAUACAAGAAAAGCCAUCUUGGCAACGAAUGGAAGAAACCGUUUGCUGGUUCUUCCCAUGCCAAGGGUAUUGUCCUUGAGAAGAUAGGUAUUGAAGCCAAGCAGCCUAACUCUGCUAUCCGAAAGUGUGCUAGGGUUCAGCUGAUAAAGAAUGGAAAGAAAAUUGCAGCUUUUGUUCCCAAUGAUGGUUGCUUAAACUACAUAGAAGAAAAUGAUGAGGUCCUGAUUGCUGGUUUUGGACGUAAGGGCCACGCUGUGGGUGAUAUUCCUGGUGUAAGGUUUAAAGUCGUGAAGGUCUCUGGUGUGUCCCUGUUGGCUCUCUUCAAGGAAAAGAAAGAGAAGCCCCGUUCUUAAUAGGUGGUUUAUGAUCGAGCCAGUUGCACUCUUGGCUGGGUUUACGUUAAGUAUUUGAUAUUUUAUGUCUUUCUUUUGAGAUUUUGGAGUAUUCUGACCUUGAUUACCGUAAUUGAGAACGUUUUUACUUCGGUUGGUAAUA